AUGAUAUCGGAUCCGUCCAAGCCAAUUGGCUGGUUACCUUUGGUUGAUAUUAUAAAACUGAACGCCAACGUGGCACAUUCAGACCAAAAGAAGCCGGACAACACUGUCACCACCAUCUCGGAACUCCACUUCACCGCCACUCUCUAUGAGAACGGUGUCAACAUCCGGUGCGAAGCCAUCAACGCUGUCAUGCAAGCCAAGGACGAGAAACCGCUCAAGAGCAGCAAAACUCUGGAAGUGCUCUCGCCAGAAUGGAUUGCCAGGACGCCAUGUGCUGAUAUGUGCCCUAUGCGUGGUCUCGUAGAGAUAUUGAGCAAAACUGCUGACUGCGAGUUCGGCUGGUGCUAG